GCUGGUUGCUGGUAUUCAUCGCAGAGAUGUGGCAGCCCGCCAACUACAACUCCCGUGAGCCUCUAGGUUCUUCGGCUUGCACUCUGUAAGGUGUGCUGCUAAUAUAGGGUAACCCCGAGCUCUGGCACCCUGGUUCUUCCGGACCGAGGUGAGUCACUACAGAUAGGAUCUGCCCGUUAACAAAGGGCCUGUCUGAAAACUGCUGCCAUAGUAUGUACAUGGCUCUGGUGCGGUGGCUAGAAUGUUCUGAAUGCGGCCAGGCCAAUGGCUAGUGCUGGGUCUGGUAUAGUAUAACCGGUAACUCUCCCUAUGGCUAGUGCUGGGUCUGGUAUAGUAUAACUGGUAACUCUCCCUAUGGCUAGUGCUGGGUCUGGUAUAGUAUAACGGUAACUCUCCCAAUGGCUAGUGCUGGGUCUGGUAUAGUAUAACUGGUAACUCUCCCAAUGGCUAGUGCUGGGUCUGGUAUAGUAUAACCGGUAACUCUCCCUAUGGCUAGUGCUGGGUCCUGGUAACUCUCCCAAUGGCUAGUGCUGGGUCUGGUAUAGUAUAACCGGUAACUCUCCCAAUGGCUAGUGCUGGGUCUGGUAUAGUAUAACUGGUAACUCUCCCAAUGGCUAGUGCUGGGUCUGGUAUAGUAUAACCGGUAACUCUCCCUAUGGCUAGUGCUGGGUCUGGUAUAGUAUAACCGGUAACUCUCCCAAUGGCUAGUGCUGGGUCUGGUAUAGUAUAACCGGUAACUCUCCCAAUGGCUAGUGCUGGGUCUGGUAUAGUAUAACCGGUAACUCUCCCUAUGGCUUGUGCUGGGUCUGGUAUAGUAUAACUGGUAACUCUCCCAAUGGCUAGUGCUUGGUCUGGUAUAGUAUAACCGGUAACUCUCCCAAUGGCUAGUGCUGGGUCUGGUAUAGUAUAACUGGUAACUCUCCCAAUGGCUAGUGCUAGGGAAUAUGAAACACUAAAGGGGUUAAGGAAUUCACGAGGCACACAGAUGAAGAUACUUUUUUUUUCUGGGUGGGAGGGGGGCGGCAAAAUGCAUCUUUGUCAGACCGCUCAACCAUGCUACACACAGUCAGGAGGAGAGCAGCACAGCUCUCCCCUCCUGCAAGGGAACCGCAGGCCCAGGGCCGGUGCAGAUGUGCACCAGCCCAGAAGGUAUGCUGGCAGGUCAUGGUGUGCAUGAUAUGUACGCCACUGUAUAGAAAGAUUUAUUGUGCAGAGCAGUGUGUGUCAGUGUAGCAGUGUAAGCAUGCAGAAUCCAAACACAGAGAUAUUGACACAAAUCUUCAGGAAGUAAGAGGCCUUUAUUCACAUUACCGAUAAGGUCUCAGAUGAAUUCCUGUUCCAACAUUCUGAGAGACCAACACAUAGUGUACAUUCCUUAUUUAGCACUAUAACUCCUCCCAUUAAUAGCUACACCCACAUAUACCUUUAACCAAUCAAUGAGCAGAAUAUAGACUUGUACAUCUAGUCAAACCACAUGGCUCAUCCAAGACAAAGGAAAUAAGUGCAAUUUCAGUUCCUGCAUUCCUGCACAUGCUCAGUACAUUGAUGACAGUAUCCUAGCUACGUGUAGCUAACUAACUGACACAACAUACACAUAUGCCACAUGGAGAUUUUGGCCUACUAAAUUUUGACCAUGCUGGAAUCCCAUCACAUCAGUAUAGAGAGGGAUUCACUAAGUAGAGCAUUCUGUUAGUGUGAUUGAUUGUAUACCAGAGCUCCAUAGCAAUAAAAACUCCCAGUAAUGUGUCUUUAAACUACAAUCAGUCUUUUUAAAUAAAAUACAUUGUUCUUGUUCUAAUUAACAUUUUUAGUUCCAUGAAUUGGUUUUAGAAAGCUACCUACAUUUUUUCAGAACAUACCCACCCAUGACCACAACACCCCUCAAACCACAAAAAUUAGUCUUCAGACAAGAGAGCGAUAGGUUUCACAAGCAGUUUUUAGAUGUACCCCAAAUAAAAAUGUUUACAAUUAAAUGCAUGCAAUUUUUCUUAUGGUGUAUAUCUAGUAUACAAUGAUUUGUAUUUGUUUUGUAUUAGGGCAAUUGAGUGUCUCUUUAAUCUAAUGGGGAGAAGAAAACUAUAACAUAAAUAAAUAUAACAUUAAGUCUGCAAAGUCUAUAAGCAGAGGGAGACACUAGAAAGGCACAUUCUAAUUUGCAAUGUGGUCCGUGAUAAUUUUCAAUUCAUGGGACCCCUAAUCCAGUACUAAUUAUGAUCCAACCAAGCCCAGAUUUCAGUUAUGCACACAAACCCAAUACAAAUAGUAACAGGGCAAAGCUGUAGCAGCCAUCUUUAUAAUGGGCAACAGGCCAGACAGCUAGCUCUCCCAGUAACUACAGGUUUCACUUUAAAUCAGCUUUCAUCAAACUAUAACUACGGCAAGUUUUCUGUUUUUUCUUUAGUAAAAAAAACUAUUAAUUCUCAACUGAUUUUUUUAUGGAUUGAAUACGUCCUAUGACGUUUCACGUGUACUAUUCCAGUAAUACGUGUGGCCCACGCUCUGCGCACAUGGAAUACUAGAGUUAUAACGUUGCAUGCUUUCCACCGACUUCCUGUCCAGCUUGUCAUCGCCGAGGCGGAAGCUGUCAUCUCUGAGUUCGUUUGAGGGGAAUUCUAGGAGAUGUAGUCUUAGAGCGGCUGGUUGCUGAUAUUCAUCGCAGAGAUGUGGCAGCCCGCCAACUACAACUCCCGUCAGCCUCUAGGUCUAUGCUUCGGCUUGCACUCUGUAAGGUGUGCUGCUAAUAUAGAGUAACCCCGAGCUCUGGCACCCUGGUUCUUCCGGACCGAGGUGAGUCACUACAGAUAGGAUCUGCCUGUUAACAAAGGGCCUGGCUGAAAACUGCUGCGGUGGCUAGAAUGUUCUGAAUGCGGCCAGGCCAAUGGCUAGUGCUGGGUCUGUUAUAGAAUAACUGGUAACUCUCCCAAUGGCUAGUGCUGGGUCUGGUAUAGUAUAACUGGUAACUCUCCCUAUGGCUAGUGCUGGGUCUGGUAUAGUAUAACUGGUAACUCUCCCUAUGGCUAGUGCUGGGUCUGGUAUAGUAUAACCGGUAACUCUCCCAAUGGCUAGUGCUGGGUCUGGUAUAGUAUAACUGGUAACUCUCCCUAUGGCUAGUGCUGGGUCUGGUAUAGUAUAACCGGUAACUCUCCCAAUGGCUAGUGCUGGGUCUGGUAUAGUAUAACUGGUAACUCUCCCAAUGGCUAGUGCUGGGUCUGGUAUAGUAUAACCGGUAACUCUCCCUAUGGCUAGUGCUGGGUCUGGUAUAGUAUAACUGGUAACUCUCCCAAUGGCUAGUGCUGGGUCUGGUAUAGUAUAACCGGUAACUCUCCCAAUGGCUAGUGCUGGGUCUGGUAUAGUAUAACUGGUAACUCUCCCUAUGGCUAGUGCUGGGUCUGGUAUAGUAUAACCGGUAACUCUCCCUAUGGCUAGUGCUGGGUCUGGUAUAGUAUAACCGGUAACUCUCCCUAUGGCUAGUGCUGGGUCUGGUAUAGUAUAACUGGUAACUCUCCCAAUGGCUAGUGCUGGGUCUGGUAUAGUAUAACCGGUAACUCUCCCUAUGGCUAGUGCUGGGUCUGGUAUAGUAUAACCGGUAACUCUCCCAAUGGCUAGUGCUGGGUCUGGUAUAGUAUAACCGGUAACUCUCCCUAUGGCUAGUGCUGGGUCUGGUAUAGUAUAACCGGUAACUCUCCCAAUGGCUAGUGCUGGGUCUGGUAUAGUAUAACCGGUAACUCUCCCAAUGGCUAGUGCUGGGUCUGGUAUAGUAUAACCGGUAACUCUCCCUAUGGCUAGUGCUGGGUCUGGUAUAGUAUAACCGGUAACUCUCCCUAUGGCUAGUGCUGGGUCUGGUAUAGUAUAACUGGUAACUCUCCCAAUGGCUAGUGCUGGGUCUGGUAUAGUAUAACCGGUAACUCUCCCAAUGGCUAGUGCUGGGUCUGGUAUAGUAUAACUGGUAACUCUCCCUAUGGCUAGUGCUGGGUCUGGUAUAGUAUAACUGGUAACUCUCCCAAUGGCUAGUGCUGGGUCUGGUAUAGUAUAACCGGUAACUCUCCCUAUGGCUAGUGCUGGGUCUGGUAUAGUAUAACUGGUAACUCUCCCUAUGGCUAGUGCUGGGUCUGGUAUAGUAUAACCGGUAACUCUCCCAAUGGCUAGUGCUGGGUCUGGUAUAGUAUAACCGGUAACUCUCCCUAUGGCUAGUGCUGGGUUUGGUAUAGUAUAACCGGUAACUCUCCCAAUGGCUAGUGCUUGGUCUGAUAUAGUAUAACCGGUAACUCUCCCAAUAGCUAGUGCUGGGUCUGGUAUAGUAUAACCGGUUACUCUCCCUAUGGCUAGUGCUGGGUCUGGUAUAGUAUAACCGGUACCUCUCCCAAUGGCUAGUGCUGGGUCUGAUUAUAGUAUAACUAGUAACUCUCCUUAUGGUUAGUGCUGGGUCUGGUAUAGUAGAACCAGUAACUCUCCCAAUAGCUAGUGCUGGGUCUGUUACAGUAUAACCGGUAACUCUCCCUAUGGCUGGUGCUGGGUCUGGUUUAGAAUAACUGGUAACUCUCCCUAUGGCUAGUGCUGGGUCUGGUAUAGUAGAACCGGUAACUCUCCCAUAUGCAGUACUUAAAGUAAGGCAGCAGAAAUUCCCAUUUUGUUUUACCAAUAUCAAUUUUCUCUAUGUUUGGACAUUGUUGACUGAGGGCAUUAUCUGAAGUAUUUAAGGUUUGAAGUGAGAUUGGUGUUUGGAGUCUGUAUGUACAAACAGAUACUGAACUUUGCUGCUGGAGGUGUAACUCCACCUCUAACCAUGUCAUUAACCAGCCUGGAAUGAGCAUUUCACACUGCCAAAGUUUAAUCCGGUGCAUAUUGGGCAUCACACAUGCAUCGCAAUGCCAACAAGCUCUGUUCAGUCUGUGCUCCAGUGAAGGAGAUUGACGUCUCUCGAGGACAGUCAGGCUCCAUUGAGAACUUGAGGCUUUUUGCUGAAAAUUUACAAAAACAGUCUGCUGUGAAACUCACUCCAUAGUUUUUGUUCACCAUUUUACUUAUCCAGAUAAUGCAGUGAUAAUACAGUAUACUACAGUCUCAAUACAUACUUUUCCAACAUUUAGAUGUAAGAACUCAGGAGGUCUAAGAUUGAGCAGUCCAUGACAUAAUAGAAGUUGACCAACCCAGGUAAUGGACAUUUGAGCAUGCCUACUCAUAUGAGGGUGAAUGCACACCUUGCUGGCUGGCAGCCUCUAUGUCUAGCCCCACUCAGAGUAGACUAUGAGCAGCGUGCAAAUGAAGUACUCUUCCUAUAAGCCUAUGUUUGUCCUAUAUGUAGUUUAUACAUUGCAAGCACGUCUAAUUGUGUGCUUGGUGAGGAUAUCAACUGAGGUCACCUGGGAGAGAUGGACAGACCACAAGUUCGGUACUAUUUCCUCUGAUUGGAGACUGUGACUGUUGGGAGGCAUGUCAAUAAUAAACAUCUUCAUUUUGGUUUAAUAUGUCUCCAGAACACCUCAUAUUUAGGGUUCACAUUUAUAUUACGCUCUCUCUAUGCAACUGUACUAUCUCAUUGAUUUAAUGGUUGAAAGGACAAACAUAUGUUUAAAUCUGCAUGUAUGAUUCACAGUACAUUCAUGUUUAAGUAGAGUUUUAAAAAAAAUUUAAAAUUUUAUUUAUAACCUUUUAGGUACUAGAGGAGUUCUACACCAUUUACUUGGUGAUUGUAUCUUGAGUUAAUAGUGUGUUACAGUUAUCACAGCUGAUAGACUAUAUAUCUUGUGACAUUACUUUUAAAGUCAUGAUACACCCUGAUUAGCAAACAACCUCUGCAGUCUGCAAUGUGUGUGUCACUAAGUGCUCUGUAGGUUGUGAGAUCAUUGUGUCUAGGUAGAAAACCCAAUUUCUGCCUUCUGCACUUCGAAAAUAGAAAUGUAGCGCUUCAUCAAGAAUUUUUUUAUUUUUAUUUUUUUUUUUUACCUACCAAUGUGACCUCAAGUUUCAAAAGUACUAGUGCAAAAAAUUACUCUUAUUAUCAAAAGGUGCUAAUUUAUAAGUGCUUAUAGUGUUACACACUGAAUAAAGAUACAUUAAUCAAAAUAAAGUGACAAUGUUUAAUUCCACACACUGUAAAAUAAUUCAGUGCAAGUUCCACCAUUAAAAGUACUUGGAAUUUCCACGGGAGUUAUAGAAUCUCAAAAAUAAAAGUAAAUCGCAUACAAUAGUGCAAUAUGUAUAAAACAGUGUAUUACACCCAAAUAAUUUUAUUAAUGCCCAUUUACAUAGACUAGAGCCUCGGGAUUGGCUCUAUUCAAAUGCCUUGGAGUCUUAGGGAGACUCCUCUCCUCUUGGAUAGUUAUCUGGACCUCAGAGAUAAAAAGUGGUUAGAAAUGUAGUGUAGUACAUUCAGGAUCAAUAUACUUAAGAACAAAUGAAAAUCCACGCACCUAUUAUAGAGCCACAAUGCAUGCUCUUUAAGGUCACAGUGCAUCUGCUUAGGGUGACACUGCCCCUUCAGAUGAGAGAGAGACUCCAGUAGUAGUUAAAUCAAUGUAUUGCCAAAAAUAGAAACAAACAAAAUAAUGAAAUAACAAAACACACAUUAAAUGCAAUAAAAUCCACAGCAUUUGUCAAUUUAAAUGUCCCAGUAAUAAAGUGCCUUUAUAUAGACAGCUAUUGGCGUGCGUUUCACACCUCUCUGUCUGAUGUAGAAUAAGUAGAGGCUUUCUUCCAAGACUCAGUAAUAAGGUAUGAGUGGUCAUGCUAGGCUUUUAAACCCCUUGGCUCCAGCUAUGAUAUUCUGCAAGUGUGUGGCCAAACACUAAAAUUCUGUGACAUUGUUUUCACUUGGCCUGCAUGGGACCAAGAAAUGUGUUCUUAGUUGACAAAGAUACAUGCUAGGUAUCCACUGAUACCUGGCUCCUACCAGAAGGGGUUGGAAUGUGUACACGUUUUUUUUCAUUACAAGUUUCAAGAUCAGAUUAAAGGGAAACUAUCAUGGCAAACAUAACUUGGAGUCACCUUACACAAAACACAGUUUCGUGGUUAGAAUUAGCUUGCUUUGUACAAAUGCAUAUUAUCAAGCCCUAAAUAGUAACACUUUUUUUUUUUACUCUUCUUUUCAGAUAUAAUGCUGGCAACAUGUCAAUCCAAUCUAUGCUUUGUGAACGCAUAGCUAUUGCCAAAGAAUUGAUCAAGCGAGCAGAAGAUCUCUCUAGAUCUCGAGCUGGAGGUGUGGAAGGUGGAGCAAAGUUAUGCAGCAAACUAAAUGCUGAGUUGAAAUUCUUACAAAAGGUAGAAGCUGGGAAAGUAAUCAUUAAAGAGUCUCACCUUCGUAGUACCAAUCUUACUCACUUACAAGCCAUCAUUGAAUCGGCAGAGAGCCUGGAAGAGGUGGUCAGUGUUCUUCAUGUCUUUAGUUAUAAUGACGGGUAUGGUGAAAAACAAACACUUGUUGUGGAUGUUGUAGCCAAUGGUGGCCACACCUGGGUGAAAGCCAUUGGACGGAAGGCCGAAGCUCUGCACAACAUAUGGCUAGGGCGUGGGCAAUAUGGAGACAAAAGUAUUAUUAAGCAAGCUGAGGAUUAUUUACAAGCAAGCCGUCAGCAGCCAGUGCAGUACAGCAGUCCUCAUAUUAUAUUUGCUUUUUACAAUAGCGUUUCCAGUCCAAUGGCUGAAAAGCUGAAAGAGAUGGGCAUCUCUGUACGUGGAGAUAUUGUUGCUGUCAACUCUUUAGAAGAGGAUCCAUUAGCAGAUAACUUUUCAAGCGGCAGUGAAUCUGAUGAUGAGAGCUCUGAGUUUCUUCAUGUUGGAAAGGUAGAUAGGGAAAAUGUAGUAGCCAGUGUUGCUUUCCCAACAGAGUUCAAGGUAGAAGUCUGCAACCGGGUCAACUUGGACAUCACCACACUAAUUACCUAUGUGUCUGCUCUCAGUCAUGGAGGUUGCCACCUAGUCUUUAAGCAGCAGGUGUUAACAGAGCAGGCUGCACAGGAACGGCAAGAGAAAGUACUGCCUUUGUUGGAUUCAUUCAUGAAGGGAAAGGAGCUGUUUGCCUGUGAAUGUGCUGUGAAGGAUUUUCAGUCCAUAUUGAAAACCUUGGGUGGACAAGGAGAAAAGGAGAGAGCAGCAGCUCUUCUGGAAAGAGUUACCGUUGUGCCAGAUCAGCCAUCAGAACGUGCCUUAAAACUUGCCAUCAGUUCUAAAAUAAAUAGUCGUUCAAUCACAAUCUUUGGGACUGGUGACACUUUGAAAGCCAUCACAAUGACUGCUAACAGUGGUUUUGUAAGAGCAGCGGGUAAUCAGGGUGUUAAGUUUAGUGUUUUCAUUCAUCAACCACGGGCACUAACUGAGAGUAAAGAGCCAACUGCUACUGUUUUACCAAUGAAAUAUGCAUCUUCUGAUCUACUUUAACUUUAUAUUUAUUUAUAGACCCGGUUAUUCAUCAAUGUGAAAAUGCAAAGUGAAUUUCAAACUUGAGGCUAAAUCCGUUUCCAGGUCGAUUUUGACCAUAAAUGUAAAAUUCACUUUGAAUUCUCACUUCAGUGAAUAACCAUGUAGUUGCUGCUGGGCCAUGUCCCUUUGCGUUUAUUUUGCUGAUCUAUAAUGGUAAAAAAUGUAUCAGAGUUAUUAAACUGUAACUAUUACGUUACUUAUUUUUCCUUGGUUAAAAAAUGUGCAGCAGCAAAUUGUCAUGAUAAAUUGCCGAAGGGAUGCAACUUAAAACAUUAACUGUACUCUGCACUUUUCUCCAGCACUAAAUAUAAAGCCAUUGUCAUUUGUUCUCUACACUUUUUCUCCAGCAUUAAAUAUAAAGCAAUUGUUAAUCACUUGAACUGUGAUAACUUUAAAAUACGUUUAAAGUGGAACUGGUACUUUCCAAGAAGUGAUUGUUUGUCGACCCCAGUUAACACUAUCACAGUGUUUACUUUGGGCUGAUAAUGCAGUAGAGGUAAGUAAGAACAAUAUUAUAAAGGGGUAAAUUUAACAAUAAAUUAGACAUUUUCAAAAUGUUACAGGAACAAUUGGUUGAUGAGGACUAUGCCCAAACUAGUUGACAAUCUUUCAAUUUUACUAAUCUGUUUGCAUUUUUUCUUUUAUCAUGCAUUUAAAUGCCAUGUUGGGCAUGUUAUCAAAAUUGUAUGAAAGGAACACUAAAGCUAUAGGAAUGCAGGUUUGUAUUGUUUUAAUUUUACUGUCCCCAUUUCUAGUUAGAGG